UCACACACUGCUCUUCCCGCAAACAUCAUGAGAGUCUUCUUCACUCACCUUAACUCCCUCAUCAUCAUUCUUAUUUGCUUCUUCUUCAUCGCUCCAUCAACCUCUUUCGAUACUUUAACCGGAACACAAAUCCUCAAAACCAACCAAACCUUGUUGUCAGAAAACCAAACCUUCGUUCUAGGAUUCUUCGGAGGUUCCAGCACCAACUAUUACCUCGGAAUAUGGUACAACAACAUCAGUCCUCAAACAAUAGUUUGGGUUGCAAACAGAGACAAUCCCAUUGACAACUCCGCAGGCCAUCUCAAGAUCGGAGACAACGGAAACUUUAUCCUUCUCAAUUCAUCGGGGAACCCGGCAUGGUCCUCCAACCAAACCAACGCCAAGAAUCCAGUUAUCCAGCUCCUCGAUACCGGCAACCUUGUUCUCAAAGAUUUAUCAGACACGACAAAUAAUAACUACUUGUGGCAGAGCUUCGAAUACCCAACAGAUACCUUGUUACCGGGGAUGAAGGUCGGUUGGAACCUCGACACAGGAACGGAGAAGCACUUAACAUCAUGGAAGGUCGAAGGUGAAGACCCUUCAAGCGGGGACUACACUAUGAAGAUAGAUUACCAUGGUUUACCUGAGGCCCUCCUCAGGAGAAACCAAACUAUAAUAUACCGAACUGGUCCUUGGAACGGUGAGAGAUUUAGUGGGAUCCCAGGGAUGAAAGACAACACCAAUGAUCUCAAGUACAAUUUCUCUUAUGAUGAGCAUGGGGUGUGGUUCUCUUUCUCCGUUACAGAACCUUCCUUGUUGUCGAGGAUAAUUCUGUCAUCUGAUUCUGAUGGCCAGUAUCAACGCUACAUGUGGAUACAAGGAAGAUGGAACAAGUUCUCUUACACACCAAAGGAUCCAUGCGAUUACUAUAGACAGUGUGGUCCGUAUGGAGUGUGUGAGAAUGAUGCUUCCCCGAUUUGCACUUGUAUGCAGGGGUUCAGGCCUAAGAACCAAGAAGCUUGGAACUUGAGAGAUGGGUCCGAUGGGUGUGUGAGGAACACGGUUUUGAAUUGUUCGACUGACAAGUUCUUGCAUCUUGAGAACAUGAAGCUGCCGGAGACAAGCAACGUGUUUAUAAAUAAGAGUAUGACACUUGAUGAAUGUGGGAGUUUGUGUAAGAGAAAUUGUUCAUGCACUGCAUAUGCAAACAUCGAUAUCAGAAAUGGAGGAAGUGGCUGUGUCAUGUGGUUUGACCAACUCUUUGACAUGAAUGUCCACCGUCCAGGCGGUCAAGAUCUCUAUGUCAGAUUGGCAGCUGCUGAUAUAGGAUCUACUAGCUCCAACAAGAAUCAUAGAGCAGUUCUGGCUAUUGGCAUCACACUUAGUGCACUUGUUUUAGUUUUGGGAUUGAUUGCUAUUUGUUACUUAAGGAAGAAGAGACAACAAAGUUCUAGAGGUGACGAAAGGAACAUGGAUGAUCUAAAAUUGCCAAUGUUUAAUUUUGAUACCUUAAUGAUGGCUACAAACAAUUUCUCUCAAGAUAAUAAACUUGGAGAAGGAGGCUUCGGUAGUGUUUAUAGGGGUAGAUUGAUUGAAGGUCAAGAAAUUGCUGUAAAAAGGUUAUCAGAAAAUUCUGGACAAGGAAUUAACGAAUUUAAAAAUGAAAUCAAAUUAAUUGCCAAACUCCAACAUCGAAAUCUAGUCCGAUUACUUGGUUGCUGCAUUGAGAAGAAUGAAAAGAUGGUGAUCUAUGAAUAUAUGAAAAAUAGAGGACUUGAUUCCAUUUUGUUUGACAAAUCAAAAAAUCCCUUGCUUAAUUGGGAGAGGCGAUUUAAUAUUAUAUAUGGAAUAGCUAGAGGACUUCUUUAUUUGCAUCAAGAUUCAAGAUUUCGAAUUAUUCAUAGAGAUCUCAAGAUAAGUAAUAUAUUACUAGAUAUUGAAAUGAAUCCAAAAAUAUCAGACUUUGGAAUGGCUAGAAUUUUCGACAACGAUCAAACACAAGAAAAAACAAUAAGAGUUGUUGGAACAUAUGGUUAUAUGUCUCCUGAAUAUAUUAUGGAUGGAAACUUUUCAAUAAAAUCUGAUAUUUAUAGCUUUGGAGUUAUGAUAUUGGAAAUUAUAACUGGGAAGAAAAAUAGAGGAUUUUCUGGUGACAACGAUGAAUUGAAUCUUUUGGAAAAUGUUUGGAGGCGUUGGCACGAAGGAACUAUAUUGACAUUGAUUGAUCCAUCCAUUGGCAAUUCAUAUACAGAAUCAGAAAUCUUAAGAUGUAUACAUGUUGGUCUCUUAUGUGUCCAAGAAUGUGCAGAAGAUAGACCAACAAUGUCUUCGGUGAUUUUAAUGCUGAGUAGUGAAGCUGCAUUAAUGUCUCGUCCUAGUAAUCCAGGGUUUUUUCUAAGAAGAAAUCAUGCAGAAACAUCUUCAAGAAAUCAAGAUAAUACAGAAAGUGUAAAUCAAGUUACUGUCACACUACUAAAUGCUAGGUAGUGAAAAAAAUUUGAAUUCAUACAAAUAUAUUUUUAUAUUCUUAAAAGAAUGAAAAUUUUUGCUUAA